AUGCACAGGUGGCGCGUGCGGGUACGGCGACCUGUACAGCCAGGGCUACGGCACGGCGACGACGGCGCUGAGCACGGCGCUGUUCAGCGGCGGGCAGAGCUGCGGUGCGCCGGCGGCGACCGUGGCUCGUGCGCGCCGGGCGGCGCAGCAACAACCGUGCUGACGGCCACCAACCUGUGCCCGCCCAACUACUCGCUCCCCAACGACGCCGGCGGGUGGUGCAACCCGCCGAUGCGGCACUUCGACCUGUCGCAGCCGGCGUUCCUCCGCAUCGCCCGGUACCGUGCCGGCAUCGUGCCCGUCGCCUACCGCAGGGUGCCGUGCCGGAGGCGGGGCGGCAUCCGGUUCACCGUCAACGGCCACACCUACUUCAACCUGGUGCUGGUCGCCAACGUGGGCGGCGCCGGCGACGUGCGCGCGCUCGCCGUCAGGACCCGGACGACGCGGUGGCUGGCCAUGGCGCGAAACUGGGGACAGAACUGGCAGAGCGCCGCGCGCCUCGACGGCCAGCCGCUCUCGUUCAGGGUCACCAGCAGCGACCGCCGCUCCGUCGUGUCCUACAACGCCGCGCCGCCCGGGUGGGCCUUCGGCCAGACAUUCACCGGCGCCCAGUUCCCGUAA